CCCGCGUUACAUCAAGAAGUAAAAUCGAAAAAUCGUUCCAAAAAAAUCUUAUUUAAAAAAAUGGCUUCAGGCGGAGAUAAUUCGGACGAUGUUAGCCCGGCUGAUAUCCCAGAAGAGCAAGAACGAGAGGUAGUUCGAGACACUGAAGGGGUUUUUCGUACAUUUGUCUAUCGUCGUUUUCAAGAAGAAACUGAACGAGGAGACGACGAAGUACAGUUUGAUUCUGCUCGUUCAGAUGCGUUAGAAGAACUAAGAUCCUUCAACGAUGUUCAACGACACGACAUCAACAGAAUCGGACAACGUCUAGGAGAAGUUGGAGACGAAAUAGAUGCUAAAUAUAGAGACCAGUUUCACGACAUGAUCGAUUCGUUAUCACUAACGUCAGACGCUGCGUAUGAAACAUUUGCCGGGGUCGCUCGAAGGUUGUUUCGUUCUGGCAUAAAUUGGGGUCGUAUCAUUGCCUUAUUAUGUUUUGGCUAUGAAAUAGCAAUAACUGUUAUCCGUAGAGGCUUCAGUGGUAGCUUUUUAAGGAGAGUAAUCCGGUUUAUAGUUGAUUUUAUCUUCCGCGAGAGGAUCGCUCGCUGGAUUGCAGAACAUGGUGGCUGGGUAUCUGUGUUAGACUUUCGCCUGUCAGAGCCAAGCUGGUACACUGUAGGCACUGUUAUCAUCAUUGGUGUACUCGUCUCAGUUUGGGCUGUCCGUAGACUAAAUAAAUAAAGUCAUAGUUUUGUAUGAAAGUCUUUAGAUUUUUCGAUAUUGAUGGCUGUGAGUACAUAAGAAGCUAAAGUCAAUGUUCCUAGAUUACUCCUAAUAAAUUAUCUAACAAGACUACCAACAUUACUCUCAGGGCUCAAAGUAAUGGUCAGUAAAUUCAAUGGAAUUGUCUGGCCAAUUAAUGAAACACCCCUUAGGCUGGUCCUUUUGACCAAUCACAACACCUGUGGUUCAUAUGUUGAUCAAUGUCAAUCAAUAAUCUUUAUUUGAUUUCGAAUUUAAUUUCAUGUCCAGUCCUUGAGCAGCCAUUAUUUUUAGCCCUGAUUACUCGUAAAUGUUUUUUUGGUUUUGUAUUUUUCAUAGUUCCUGAAUAACCUCAUAAUAAUAAAAAUAGAUAUAUGUGAGUCGAAGAUUUGAAUACUGAGCUCUGAGAUCAAGAUAAUAAUUCCUUAUUUUUUUUACAUUUCUUCCACUUUCUAUUCUCAACUUUUCAUAUAUAGCAAUAGCAUCACCUUAAAUUUAUAUCACAAAUUACUUUUUUUUCGGGUUACAUAUUGCAUUUUUUUUUUCUCACCAGAAUUGUUGAAAUUCGUAUCACGCUGAUCAAAAAAUAAGCUAGAAUUAGUUAGAUAUCAACAAGAUAAUUUCACAAUACCCUUUGUUUACCAGAAAAUAUAUUUUCAUGAACUUAUUGUAAAAUAAACCUAUGAGCAGGUACCGUAUUAAGCAGACACCUUUGGGACCUCGUGUGGUGUGCGCUGGAUUUACGCUUAUCACCAUAUAUUGCACCUUUUUUACACAUAAAAAGGCUUAUGCAGUAGCUAGUACAUAAUAGCUAUAUAGGGAGGGGAAUGAAGAUCUAAGAAUAACAUAUCACUAAUACUUUUAUUACUCUCUGGAGGAUGUAAAUCAAAAAAACAUACUCGUACAAGGGCAUGUAGAUAAACCAUAUAAUUUCUGCAAUAACUAAAGCAAUAGACCCUGUAGGCUUUGGUGCAAUGAAUACUCCAGUUUUGAGUUCUCUUUUGCUCAACAGCCUUAGUCUCAGGCAUUAAAAUAUUCAGCUAUUCAACCAAAACCAAUGGAAUUUUAAUCAACUCAUAUUGCUCAGUAGUAUGUACAUUCCUUACUAUACACAUUUGUACACAAUCGAGGCUAAGACUGAGCAAAGGUGAACCUGAAAUGUGAGUAUUUGUUGCCAUUUCAGACCAAGUGUCAUUCCCCAGAGUAUCAUUUCUGGAGCUAAGAUUUUCUUUGAUGAAACAAUUUUCUAUCAUUUCUUUGUUCAAUGGCUGCACAUGAGAAGAAUAAAUAUGGAAACAACUAAAAGGGUCUAUAUUAAUUAAUUGUUGCAAUGUAGGAGGUCCCUUAUAAAGAAUAUAGGAUUAUAUAGGAAUGUUAAAAAAAUGUGUUUUGCAAAUGGAAUGAGAUUUACACUACUAGUCCCUCUAGUAAUAUAACUUGCCUUUUACUCAGAGUCUGCAUGAUUAUGGUUGCACAUAUUUAUAACAUUUUCAUCAGGUCCAAUUUUGACAAAUUUUAUUUUCAAACAAUAAAAAGAUCAAGAAAUAUUGACGCUUUAAUUCAGUUACACUAACAAUUAGAAUUAAUUAAGUUUUGUCUUCACAAGGGAUAAAAGCAAAAACGGAAGCAAAAGGAAAAUUUGUUUGUCCUCUUGCUUGCAUUGAGCCUGUUUUCACAAGAAAAUUAGGAUUCUUGCAUUUGUCCCUGUUUAUGCUUAUGUCGCUAGCCAAAACCAAGCUUAUAGGCAUCUUGAGAUAUGAUUAAUGACAAAUUUCAUAUGAAUUGAAAGACAUUAAAUAAAGUAAAUGCAAUACAUUGUUAGAAA